CAGAUUUGAAUAUAACAUAAAAAAUUUCAGUCGAAAAGGUAUACAAAAGGACAAAUUGAUCUCACAUUUGGUUUAAUUAUUAUCGCAAUAUUAUAUAUUGUAUUAUAUCCUAUAGCAACGCUAAUUAGCAAUACGAGUGAGACUGCAAUAGUUAAGUAAUAUUUCGAUCAAAGCUGUUAAAUAAAACAUUUGCAAACGUCGUAAGACACAUUUUUGUAUUUGCUUUUGCUAUUUCGUAAUUAAAGCAAGAUGGGAAACCAGACGAGUUCAUUACAAGAAUACAAAUUGCAAGAAGCAUAUAGAAUUGAAAAUAUAAUGAAAGAGAAGCGUUUCCAGUUUGCGUUUAGAUGUCUGGAUGAUAUUAUGAAGAUCAAUCCGAAGGAAAAUAUUGUCUUUAGUCCAUCUUGCAUAUAUAAAGCACUUUUAAUAAUAUAUAUAAUGGUUAAAGAUGAUAUUGAGAAACGCCUACAAAAUAUUCUUCUAUUAACGGAAAUCAGCAAACAAGAUUUGAUAAAUUACAGCGAUUUUACCACAAUAUCCACGAUUGCAUCUGUGGAUCAUAUCAACAUUCCCCAUUACAGUCAGGACGUUAGAUGUUUUAUUAAACCUAAUAUACGUUUACAUCAGCAAUCAUUUCCUUUUAUGUUUUCAUCAGUCUCAAACUUAAAUUUGUUCGAAAAUUCUGAGUGUUUAAUAAAUUACAUUAAUAAUAAAGUAUUAAAGAAAGCGGUUAAUGACUACUUUUGCGAUACAUCGAGCUUAACCGUAGUCAAACAAGAUACUGAAUUUGUUUUGAUGACAUCUAUCACCGGCAGGUUUAAAAAAUUUCAAGAUUCAGCGGCUGCUGCAGUUGAUUCUCCAGAUGUAGAGAGUCUUAUUGAUGCACAAAAAAUUAGCUACUUCUAUGAGAAUUUAAGCAUGUACGUGAACGAGUACUUCUAUGAGCAUCGCAACAUAUCGCUAUUUGUGCUCAGACCAGCUUCAUUAAUCUCAGGCAAAUGUAGGAUCAGCAAUUAUAAGAAUUCCAGAAGCAACAUUCGCGUCUUGGUCGAGCAACUGUUAACCAGCGACGGAUUCAGCGAGUUGCACAAAGUACUAGAUAGAAGUGCACCAUUAUUAGGAGAGGUCGAAACACUUCUCACCGAACACAAUUUGUUGCCGAAAUUCGAGGUGGAGAAAGAUCUGACAAUGCGUGAGCUGCUGCAAGGAUUAGGAGCUGAACAAUUGUUGAUGCCCGACGCUAUAUUUAUGGAUCCUUCAACCGUUAAAGGAAUCCUGCCCGUAGUGUGCUUCGGCAAUGUCAUGCACCGCUCUCAAGUCAAGGUCACGCAGAAGGACAUCUCGGCGAGUGCGAUAACCUUAAUCCACAGCGGAUUAGAGACCUCUUCGGGCAUCGAAAUAGACCAAAACGAUUUCGGUCAUCCCUUCAUUUGGCUGAUUUAUGAUAAGUUUCGUCGAGAAAUUCUCUUUAUUGGCGCUUUUAAUAAGUUCACGAGUGCAGCUUCCUGUUCACGUUAAAGAUCGGAUACCAUAUUUAAUUCAGAGGAUACACGAAGAGAAUAUACAAUUUGAAAUGAUUUUAUAUAACAGAUCUGUAGUUAAGUAUUGCAAAAUGAUAUAUGUAAUUGACGAAUCUGUCUUUACCACUCAUGCGACUUAAACUUUUGAUGAUUUGAAUUGACAUGCAUUGUAUUUCGUGCGCAAUAUACAACUAUAUAAAUAACUUCUGUUCAAAUUUUAGAGGGGCUAACGAAAUAAUUGUUUCGUUAUUUUAAUUUAUUGUGCGCCUUUGUUUUAAUGGUAAAA